UAAUGCAAACCAUAGAUGUAAUUGAUUUUAGAAGGAUACUAAAAGCGGUCUGCCGUUUAACACAACCACUGGUAGAAACGACUGUGUAUACAACCUUUAUUUAUAACAAGUAUAUAAGGACGUGGUCUUUAAAAAACUUAUUUACUACGGUUAAUUGUGAGGAAAUGGGUCCAUCUUUAGGUACGCGUACACCCUCACAAGUAGUGGCAGCAUCUAGUAUAAUGAAACGACUGGGUACAAUGGUAAAACAGCCUUCAACCUUCCACAGGUUAUUGGACAGUAUGAUGCGGUUGCUUUUUAUGGAAAAACAGGUGCUGUUCCAUCCUCAGGGUUCUGCCUAUAGGAAAACGGUGAUAACAUCAAAUAACCUCCUUUGCGGAUCGAAGGUACACGACUCGUGUCGGCUAUAAAACGAAAACGAUAGGUAUGUGUUUAUCAUACUGUAUUGUUCCGCUUAGACAAAAUUUCAGGAGUUACUACGUUAUUGUUGGCUAACUUGUAAUUCUUAGCAUAAGUAAUGCCUGUAGAAGCCCAGCAACCUGUGUUUCAAUUGAAAAAAACUUUACUUGUAAGGACAUCAUGGGUCAAGCUUUCACAAAGAGGUUUGGGUAUAACUUUUAUGUAGCGAUCGAAAGCAACCAAAAUAGCUUAAUUAUAUAUGAGCCGGGUGUGGGUCUCAGUUUCGGCAACUGGGCUUGUUGCUUCUGUUAAGACCACUGCCCACUUAUCUCAAAUCCUUCCCUUUGUUUGACUCCGGGCCAACCUGGAUCUUCAUUUAAUAAUAUUACAGAUUAACAGAAUUUUGUUGCAGUCAUUAUCCAUCGUCCACAAUUGGAUCAUUUUAUUUUAUGAAGAUUUAUUGUCUCAGCUUAUUGCAAUCGAAUGUAUGCAGUGCAACUGAAAUGUUUAUUAGGUAACAAAUAAAUAAAUAAAUACAAAUAACAAAUAAAUAAACCGAGCUUUCAUCUGUUUCAAAGAGUUGGUUGAUAACUAUACGGGGUACGCCUGCAUUUUGUACCACCACUAUGAUGCAAGCAAGCUAAUGGUGCACUCAUCACAAAAUAUACUACUUCAGAAUUAAGGCGUCGGCAUGACGGCUCUAAAAUUAUUUAGAUCACAAAGAAAUGCAUAAGGACACAUUUAAAAUGGUGGAAAAUCGCCGAUUGGUUCAGUAAUAGGUUUUACGUUAAACAUAUAUGUGCUUAACGUAAAACCUAAUCUAAAUAAUAAAGCAUUUGAAUAAUAACUACACAUUUUCUGUAUUGACUGCAAAGCGGUGCAAAUAUCAUGCUUGUGGUCGAGACAAUAUGGAAUAGGGUAAACUGUGAAUUUUCGCUCUUUUUUUUGCUUCCUUUUUUCGUAAAAAUAAUUUUCCUGAACAUCCCAACUUUUGAUAUUAACGCACAUGAACUAAUAUCAUCGUUUUACAAAUAAAGCAUAUUCGUUCGAUCAAAAGGUUAACUUAUAAAAUAUAGGUCUACCAGUGCUCAAUACAUCGGUCCUAUUGACGGGUCCUAUACAAAUAACCUUUAAAAAGUCAAAUUGAUCGAUAAGCGUAUGUGAUUCUAUUUGCAGAGAGUAGACAAAUCGUGAAAAACAAUCUUAUCGUUUUUCGUCCCAGCUGCGCUACAUUCCAGUAUUGAGUCGGCCCUCUGAUGCAAAAAGGCGCCAUCAUACUUCGAACAGAGGCUACUGCUACCCCCGGGCGCUAGCCAGCCGCCGCUGCCACUGUUAUCGUCAUACUUGCCAGUUGCUUUGCCGUCGUUAUCUCUCCGUCUGGCUUCUCUAGGCAGUCUGGCGAAAGCAUCCCUUUGACGGAACAGGCGAACGCACGACAGAGCUUUCCCUGUCUGUCGUCCGCGUCUGCUUUUUUCGAGUAGUGGCUGUUAAUCGCAACACUAGCAGCGAACACAGCAUCAGCAGAAACCGAGGCAGCGGCGUCACACGCUACUCUAUAUCAGCACAGCACUCUUCUCAAAAAGUAAACGGAGCGUUUGUCAACGGCUCGGCUCAGCCACCGACGGCUGCGCGGCGACUGCCACUGCUCUCACAGCAAUAGCUGGCUGACGGCUUUGUUUUGUUCUGCUGCUGCUGCUGCUGCUGCUGCUGCUGCUGUGGAAGAUGCAUACCGCUGAUAUGUUCCCGCUGGCGUAGGCUGCUCUUUGUCUCCCUGUGCUGCUGCUGCUUCAGCAUAUCAGAACGGCAGCAGUGACUUGUGUGUUUUCGCCUGGUUAGUUCGUUGUAUUGUGGCGUUAACGUUAGUGGUAACUGUGACGAACGUUGGCGAGUGGGCGGCGAACAGUGGUGUCCGGCAGUCCGCGCUGCUGGUACCACUUAACGUAACCUGUGCUUACACUAUUGUAGUAUUAUGGUCUACGACGACUAGCACUCCGGCUGCUGUGCCGCUGCGGACGGCUGCCUGCUCUCGCUGCUGUUGCUGCUGCUGCUGUUGUUGCAAGUGCCGCCACCGCCGCCGUCGUCGCUGCUGUAAAGAAGAAAGAUUGCAGCACAAAUUUAACGUUAGGUUUGGUAUGGUGCUGCGGUGCCACUAUAUUUGCUGCUACUGUUGCGAAGUCGUUGUGUUUAGUGAGCUUAUGGUUGAUUCGAGCUGGCAGUCCGUGGCAGUCGGUCGGAUUUACGGCUGUACUGCCCCUAAUCACAUAGCGAGGGGUCGGUGACGAAGAUCCUUAUUGCCUGGAAGCUGCUGACUGGCCUCGCUAGUAUUGCUGCUGUUGGUAUUGAUGAUGAUAGUCGGUAUCGAACAAUAGCAGCCUUGAUGCGACGAGGAUUAUUUGUAGAAAAGAUCUAGUGGAAGGGGCACUAAGUGCGUUGAGCCAGUGCUACGAGUAUUGGCCCUAUUGCUGGAGGCAGUGUGUCCGUACCGUUCAACCAUACACAUACGUAUUUGUAUACAUAUACAAAUAUAUAUAUAUAUAUACACAAACAUAUUCAGCUAAGGUAACCUUGCUUGUUGGCCUUUAGGUGGCCAGUGGUCAACGUUUUUGGUGACAAUGAGCGUCGAAAGAGUGUGAGGUUUUUAUAUACUGACCUAAAAGAGUCUGUCGUUGUCGUCGUCGUCGUUGUCGUCGUCGUCAUCGCCGUCGUCGUUGUCAUCGUCGUCGUCGUCGUCGUAGUGCCGGUCGCCCGAAAGCAGUCGUGUAACAACAAUUAUGCUAAUUUGACGUCUGAGUGUAUACAGCGGUUCGGAUUUGAUUAAUCGCACGGUUAUGUUGCUGGUAACAUUGUGGUAACUUCAAGUGUAAUACAAAGUCUACAAACAACACCUUUUGCUGGCGUUGGCAAAAAAAACGUCAUUGUCAUCGUUUAGCUAUUCGUUUGUCAGGAGCGUGGUGAGUUUCGUCGUUCCGCUUACUACCAUUUUCACACUGUCACCACACUGUAUGCCGAGAAAGCCGAAUUCUAGACCAGGAAGAAUUCUACCUCAACGUGUAGAGUAAGCGAAACCUAAAAGGACGGAGUAUAGGUCUGCUAAACCUCAUCGUGACGGAAGUAUGUGCUGCAGUGAUUAGAAAUUUGAUUUUUUCGUACAUUGUGAGUGUUGUAUGUAAUUGUCGGCUUACGCUGUACUGGCAGCAAUCCAAUCGUCCGUGCACACGGUCGACAAUGGACAGCGACGAGGAGCUGGGUUUUGGUGUCGAUUCAGGUAAUGAAACCUCAGGAGAAGAUGAAGACAUGGGUCUUGAAGCUGAGCCGCUGGGAGCUGGUGGCUUUCCUGCUGGUGGUCGAAGGACUGAUGAAGACUCGCCUUACCACGUACUUUCCACGGAGGAUAUCGUUAAGUACAUGGUGGAUACGAUAAAGGAGGUCAACACCAUCGUAGAGAUUCCUCCAACAAUGACACGAAUUCUGCUCAACCACUUUAAAUGGGAUUUGGAAAAACUUUACGAGAAAUACUACGAUGGCGAUCAAGAAACGCUGUUUCAGCAGGCUCACAUCGUCUACCCUUUUAAAGGCUCGGCUUUGGCCGAUAAGAAGCAGCCUUCAGCAGCAAUGGAGGAAUGCGAAAUCUGCUUGAAGCGCGUACCAUGCAGUUCGAUGGCAGCGUUAGCAUGUGACCACCGGUUCUGCACCGAUUGUUGGAAUUACUAUCUUACAACGAAAAUUAUGGAAGAAGGAAUCGGGCAGACGAUCUCGUGUGCAGCGCACGGCUGCGAUAUUUUGGUAGAUGAUCAAACCGUAAUGCGGCUCAUAACCGAUCAGAAGGUGAAGCUCAAAUAUCAGCACUUAAUUACAAACAGCUUUGUCCAGUGCAACAGACUUCUACGGUGGUGUCCAAAACCUGAGUGCACGAAUGCCAUUAAGGUGAGCUACGUGGAGGCUCGCGCCGUUACCUGUAACUGCGGACACACGUUUUGUUUUGCAUGCGGCGAAAAUUGGCACGAUCCCGUUCGCUGUGGCCUAAUAAAAAAAUGGCAAAAGAAGUGCGACGAUGAUUCCGAAACGUCAAAUUGGAUUGCUGCAAAUACGAAGGAAUGCCCAAAGUGCUACGUUACAAUUGAAAAGGAUGGCGGCUGCAAUCAUAUGGUGUGUAAGAACCAAAACUGCAAAAUGGACUUCUGCUGGGUGUGUCUAGGUCCCUGGGAGCCGCAUGGCACGUCGUGGUAUAACUGCAAUAGAUUCGACGAGGUUGAGGCGAAGAAGGCACGUGACGCUCAGGAAAAAUCGCGGGGAGCUCUACAACGCUAUUUGUUCUACUGUAACCGCUAUUUAAACCACAUGCAGUCCCUGAAAUUUGAGAACAAUUUGUACGCGGCAAUCAAGCUAAAAAUGGAGGAGAUGCAACAACACAACAUGUCGUGGAUUGAAGUUCAGUUUCUGAAGAAAGCUGUCGAUGUACUCUGUCAGUGUCGGCAAACGCUCAUGUAUACGUACGUGUUUGCCUAUUACUUGUCGAGGAACAAUCAAAGCGCCAUUUUCGAGGACAACCAACGGGAUCUCGAGAGCGCGACGGAAACGCUUAGUGAAUACCUUGAGCGGGAAAUUACCUCGGAAAAUCUUCACGAUAUUAAACAAAAAGUCCAGGACAAAUACAGAUAUUGCGAGGGUCGACGGCGCGUACUCCUUGAUCACGUACACGAAGGCUACGAAAACGAUUGGUGGGAGUACAACGAAGAGAUGAAGUUCGCAAAAUGAUGGGCAGGUUUGCCGGUUGCCGACGACUGAUCCUCAAUAACACUAGCGACUACAAGUCAGAAAGAUAUGAUCAUGUUGCCGUCGUCGUCGGCAUCGUAAUUUGUGGCCACAUCGAUUAACCUAGCACCUUUGUGACCAGCACAAUGUUCCGUUCAGAAAUAUAUGAACUCGAGCGUCCCGCUCGCCACGAAAUGAUCCUGUCAUCAUUCAUUGAGUUCUGUUGGCAGGUGGCAGAGAAUAUCAGUAAAGAUGCUUGCCUUCCACUGGCAUUUUCGUCGACAGCCGGUAGAAUUGGCAGAAAGCAAAAGCCCUUCGGCUCUCACCGAUUCAAGAGGAGGGUUUUUUUUUAGCCCGUUUACGCGGCAGAAAAGAACAAGUUAAUAAAAUGUUACAUGUGUUCUUAACGGGCAUCAAAGAACAUACGGAAUAUCCUUACUUUUUGACCAUCGACCAUAGCCAGCAGUGAUCAUCAGUGGUAUUCUCCACUUGGCUAAGUAGCAGAAUCUGCUGGCCAUAGCUAUUACUACAACUUCUACUAUUUCUAUAUAGAUUUCUUUACAUAACUAGUUGGCAAAGUAGAAACGGUUACACGGUUGACUGCACCGGCCAGUUUUCAUUAUACGUGUACUUGCCCAAACAAACAUGUUGCCUUGAUAAAAAUCCAUUGGCUUUGUGUGGUCUUGGGUAGCGGAUGGAAAUGGCCGGAAUAAAGGAACAGAUCACUACAUGACUGAGAAUUGUUACUUCCUUCUCCGUGAUUAUGGUGAUAAUAAUCCAUGAUAUUAUCAUUAAUUGAUAAGAAUGUCCAAGUCUAUUACGGUGAUAAGAAAUAAUGAUUAUAAUAGCGAUGAUAGUAUUGUAGUGGUUGAAGUAUGAAGAAUAAAUAGACAUUGCGAAAAACUUUAUUAUUUAGCGCAUUGAGAAUUGUGCCGUCGUUGUGAAUGCAGAGAAUGCUCUCGACCGCUGAGUGGGCUACUGGCCAAACGGGAAGUGGCUCAUAUUGAUAGUGGUCAAUGAAUGAAAUUCAGAUGAAGCGAAACCUGGGAGCCACUACGACUAAUGAGAAAAGAUUGUAGCCAGGGAAACCCACGUUUCAAGAAGUGCGCGAAGAAAUAUUUUGUACAGCUCUAAAGCGAUUCUUGGUAGACUGUAGAGAACAUGGACGUGUCGAGUCGA